GGUCCUAUCCUACAAAUCAGUGCGAUCUGUAAUUGCAAUAAUCCAGUCACGCAAAUGAACUACAGCUAGCGAACCUUAGCUAAUAUUUGCAGUUUCUGUUUACGCAUUUUUUAUUAUUUAGUAAAAUGCUUAAAGUCCGAGGUUACAUUGUUUCUGUUCUGCUUAUUACUUUUCGAUGCAAGAACGUUUUCUCACAGACAACAGCCGUACCGACGAGUUGUUCUGCCAAGUCCAGUACAAGCUGUGAAGAAUGCCUUUCCAAUGUUUCUUGUUUAUGGUGCAUUACCAGUCAGAAGUGCAUCAACUAUCCAGUGCGGACUGUCUUUCCUCCACGCAGUGUGUGCCCCCUCAGUGAUGCUCGGUGGGGGAAGUGUUGGGUGAACUUCCAGGCUCUCAUCAUUGCUCUGUCUGUGAUUGCUGGAGUAAUCAUCACUGCAGCUCUCAUCUGCUGCUUCUGCUGCUGCAAGUGUGAAAACAUUGGGUCAAAAAGAACUGACGAGAGGCUGGAGAGACAAGCUGACCUGAGACGAGUUCAGCAAGAGGAGAGGAAAGCCCAGAUGAGAUCAAGACAUGAUGAAAUUCGUAAGAAAUAUGGUUUGACAAAGGAUAAUCCUUACUCCAGAUUCGAGAACACCUAAGCAAACCCCUGCCAGUGUUCAGCACUCCCGUGGAAACUGAUUCUCUGCACUGAUGUUUGUUUCUCUUCUCUUGUCUUAGAAUUUACAUGUUCGCAUUUUGAUUUCUUGCCUCAUACAUUUGUGUAGCUUAUACCAAAGUGCAACUAUAUAUCUGAAUCUUGCUAUUGAGCCUUAACCUUUUGUACUGUAAAGCGUUGUGAAGCAUUUCUGUAUGAUGGUGAGUGUCUUAACCUUCAGACAGCAGGUUAAUACUGAAUUCUCUCACCAGCUUAUUGCUGCAUUAAGGACCUCUGUUCAAAAUGUAGAAACAGGACGCUUCAGACAGGUCCUUUAUCAGCUGUGUGAGCAAAGUGCUUCUGAAAUGGUAGGAGGAACAAAGCCAAUUAUGUGUUUACAAGCUCCAAAUUUGCAAAAUAUAUAUUUUUUAAAAAAGAUUUUUUUUUUACAAUUGUAGCUUACAUGCAGUAUAUAAGUCCUUGUUUAGCCGGAGUUUUUGCUCGCGAGCUGACUGACCGUUGCCAUGUGCGCAUAUGUGUAGUAGGUUUCUGUGUACCAGCUGUAAACAUGCGUUGAUGGUUAUCAGUGAAGACCACUUUGCUGUCUGUGAAUCCUUCCAAUAAUCAUAGCGUUGUAUGAAUG